AUGAAGGAUAACGGCUUGGAUCAUCACUACCGUGUGCUCAAGCAGUUCUUGGAUAUUUCUGAGGACCAAAACUCUCGAGCCAAACCGCUUUCCACACGUGCUCAAAGAGCUCGUGAGAAGUUACUAAAACUUUCAGAGGCUCAGUUUAAAGAAUUAAGUACAGAUGUUUACGAUGAACUUAGAAGACGUAUAGAUGAAUCUCGAAGUGAACCUGAUUUUCUUUUACCAAAACUUUCCUUUCAUCCUAAAAGGAACCAGGCACGUCAAAAGUUGAGCGCUUUACCUCAAGCUCGGUUUAAGGAUUUGGUUUGUGACAUUGCUUAUGAAAUAGAACGCCGGAAUUUGAAUACUUCAACAACCUCUUCCCAUGGUAGAAUCCCUUCAGAAUCAUCAACAUUACGGAAACUCACAGUGGGUGACUCGGCUUCAAAUCAAGCACAUUCACAAUCUUAUGCUGGUUCCCAUCAACAAUCGAACGCAGGCUCUCCGACAACCCACAAAAUAAAUGCUUCGCCUCUUCCUGUUGUGAAUUUACCCCAUGAUAAUUUUGUUCAUUCUCCAACUGAUACUCAUCAUACUUCUUCACCCACUGAUCUCUAUCAUGGAGCUUCUGGUUCAGAAGCACCAAUCGGCCUUAAUGAUCUGGCUGAUAUUUCUCACUCUACAACUGCCAAUGAUAUAACUUCACCUUUAUCCGAAAGCUCAGCAAUCGGCAAAAGCAGCAUAAAUGUGUUGUCGAAAACAGUAGUACCCGUAAAGGCAAAUUUGGCGUGGUCUAGUGACGAAGAGGAAGAAGAACAAGAAAAGGAUUAUCCAGUAAGGUCUGACCUGUUACCCGAGAAACAAGAGGAAUCUCAAGGAAUAGACUAUAGUGUUUUGAAGAAUGAGUUUGAAGAUCUCAAUACAGAAACUAGCGAUGACUUUGCUUAUAAAGGCAUUCAAAAGAGAGAACUGGAACAUGAAAUUAAUCCCAGGAAUGUCAGUUUAGAAGGCUCACUGUACAAUGCUCAUAAAAUGCAUCACGAUGAUGAUGAUGAUGAAGAAGAAGAAGAAGAAGAAGAGGUACCAGUUCAAAGAGGAUUAUUCAAUGUGCCAAUAGCUAGUCCAGCUUCUGCUACUCACACCACAGGUGCACCCGCUCCCAUUCCAGUUCCCGUUACCCUUCCAGCACCAACUGCUCUGAAUAAGAGCAUCGAGAAUGAUGGUGAGAAUUUAGAACUUCGUUCCAAGCUUAGCGCAUUAGAAAAGGAUUACAAUGAUCUUCAGGAGAAGCAUAAAGCUGCUCAGGCCGAGUACGACAACUACAAGAUCGAUAAUGAGAAUUUAUCUCAUGAAGUCGGCCAAUUGCGUAAAGCAUUAAGUUUACACCAAGAAGAAAGUGCCAAGACAAUAAUCCCUACUGAAUCUGUUGAGUUCAAGGAAUUGAGUCAAAAUUUUGAUCAAUUAAAGUUGAGCAAUGCUGCUUUGAAUCUAGAACUUCAAGCUUUGAAAACCAAGCACAAACAGUUGGAAGCCAGAGCUGAGAAAGAUAAUUUAUUAGACACACAAGAUUCUAGUAAUCAAAAACCAUUGGAGCCACCUGCCAUAGUAUCGAAUUCACUGGGGAACAAAGGUGGUUGGGAUGUCUUUCUUGAGAAGUUGGAGAACAUUGAGGUUCCAAAUAAAGUUGUUUCUAAAGACAAACCAGCAUCUCAACGCCAACUUCAAAAGCAAGUUAUUAACUGGCAACAGAAGUAUGAGCAUCUUCGUGCGAACAAAAUUGCUACCUUCAUUAAAGACAAAAUGUUGGAUCAAAAAGCCAUUACAUCUUUGGUUUCUCCUUCCGGUCUUAUAUCUGUUAAGAUGGUUUCAGAAUUGCAGUCUUUGAUUGAGAGCUAUUUGUUAUAUAUUUCUGAAGAAGCGUACGAACCAGAGAUUUUGUUUGAUAAGAUCUCAAAGCUUUCCAUAUUGGCCAAUGAAGUUGCGAUUCAAGGUGACAACUACAAGCCCAAUAGUAAUGAGUAUUCAGUAUUGUUAAGGGAUGCUGCCAGCUAUGCUCUUACGGCUACUAGAUACCUUGCUAGUCACCAAUCAUUCCUUCCUAAAAUUAUUGUUGAACGUGCUGUCUGUGAAAUAGGGUUUGCAUUAUGCGACUUAGCGUCUGCAAGCAAGUUGAAUGAGCAUUCAGCAUUAUCUAGAGAGGUCAGUCUCAAAAGACACAACCCUGCAAGAAAUACAAUUGACGAAGAGUUUGGAGUUCGUCCUUUAAGAAUGGCUAAUAAAUUGCGUGGUAAUACCGCCUCAACUUUGUUUACAACAGCGGAUGAACAUGCAUCUGCGUCGGGCAUCACAGCUGGCACGAUUGAACAGGAUGAUAAUGCUCCCAUUGUUUCUCAACAAUUAAAUGCAUACAAGGCCGAUCCUAAACAGAUUCGUCUCGGUCAGGUUCCUAUAAUAUCGAAUACUAAUAAACCUCUCAAUGAUGAUCAUGAUUGUCAUGAUGAUCGAAGAGAAACGGUUUCCACUUUUGAAAGUGGAUCUGACUAUGAUGCUGAUAUUCUUAUAGGACACAGAUCGCCUGUGAUUGCCAAAAUUCAUAAUGGAGUGGGUGAUUUCAGUCCUUUCAAAGAAGAAGCUAUAAUUAAUACCCCAAACGCCACUAUGACUUCAUCGCCGAUGAGAGGAAAUGAUCAAGAAAUGCCUGUGGAAGAGGAGACACCCUUCCGUGAUUCCAUCAAGUCAAAGGAUCAUCUUGAAAAUUCAAGAGAAUUAUAUAAUGUACAUGUCAGAGAUAGCUUAAAUAACUCUUCAGGGAAGAUUGAAGAAGACUCAAAAGAAAUUGAUUCUUUUAAAAGAGACCCUAUUCUUUCAAAGAGUUCUCCUGGGAUGAAGAAAUCGACGUUGACACAGAAGUUGGAGAAAUUCAAGGAUUCAAAUGAUGAAAUUAAGUCAGCUGUUGAAACACCACGUAAGGAUCAGCAGACAUCAAAAAUCAGUGAUCUUGCAAACAGAUUUGAAACUUCUCGUGCAUCAGAAGAAAAAUCUCCACUUAAGAGUGCCAAUGGCCUGCCUUCUGCAAAGGUUAGUCCUGCUAUAGCAAAGCUAACUUCUAAACUUAGUGGCAAGAGUGAUGAUUUGCCAGAAAAAAGCCCAAGUAAUGGCAAUGCUCGGAAAGAUUCAGAGUCAUUUUUGGAUCGAGUGAAGAGGUUUGAAGUCACACCUACUAAACCAAAGGGUACUUCUCAUGGUUCUUCAUCGCAGGAAUCACUGGCUAAAAGUGUUCAGUUCGAAUCACCCACCAACGAGCGUAAAAUAAAACCAUCUAUAACUGAUGUUGAGGAAAAGAAUGAAUUUCCGGUGACUAGAGAAAAGAGUUUCUUAGGUAAAUUGAGAGAUAGGCUUACUGGCGAGACACCAGCUAAACCAGCAUCCGAGGACGUGGUAGAGAAGAAUGCAAAUACUACUACUGAAGAUGAUUCAUCUGAUGUGAGUGUUGAAAAGUCUUCUCUUAAUUCAUCCAUAGUGAAGGAGAAUACUACUGAUGACACAGAUGAAUCACCUGAUAAGAUUACCCAAAUACUGCAUGUACCUGAGCAAAAGUAUUUGAAUAAACUGCUUGAGGUAGACUCCGUAGCAGUGUCUGAAGCUACGUUUGGGCAACCAGAUUCUUUCCAUCCGAAUCUGGUUUCCUUCUCGAAUUCUCCUGAGAUUAGCUCCUCCAGAACUACACUGUCAUCAUUGACUUCACGAGCAGAUAACUUUGAAGAUUCAUCCCUGGGACUUCUUUCCGUAAGUCAUACCAAUUCAGCUCUUAAUUCGAAUUUGAAUCGCAACGGCUCCAAGAGCAAUGGAAAGAAGGUGAAUAUACUUGAAGAACCAGCAAUAGUUACCCCUUCACAAGAUUAUGAUUCAGAAUAUGAUACUGAACAGUCUCAAGAGGAUUAUGGAACUAUAAAUGGAGAUUCAUCAUCCACUAGAGGAGGUGAAGCAGAGGCAAGACAACGACAAGAGUACCGUAAGUCUAUGGCAGCUGCAACAUUCAACAUAAAGUUGUUUGAUAUAAAUGACCCUGAUAAUACUGUUACUCAAGUGUUGCUUUAUUUAGAGCAUCAAACCGUGAAGGUUAUUUCAACUAUUCAAUCGCUUUUAAGUGCAAUCAAGAAGCAAGGAGUCACCCGUGGUGAAUUGAGUACUAAUGCUGAAGCUAUUACUAUUGUAAUAACCCAAAUGACUGAAGCUACCAAUACUUCUAUGAAUCAAACCAGAAACUACCAAUUGAAGGAACAUGGCAAUUGGGUCGUCAAAUCUUUAGAAGAUUGUUGUCAAAGAAUGAAUGCGUUGACGCAUGCUCACUCUCAAAGCAAUGAUGAUGACUUUGCUGAUAAGAACUUCAAGCAAAGAUUAGCGGGUAUUUCCUUUGACAUUGCCAAAUGUACAAAGGAGUUAGUCAAGUCUGUUGAAGAAGCAAGUUUGAAAGAAGAAAUUGACCAAUUGAAUGCUAAGUUGAGCACUAGUGUUGGUGAAGAAUGGGAAAUGUGA